AUGUGGAGUGCCGCUUACCAUGAAGCCGUCCUGGAUCUUGGAGAAGAGGUAGAGGGUGUUAUAUUGAAAGGCGAAAACAUCGAGACGCUCUUGCGCAACUUGGAAAGGGCUAGCGACGAGGCCGUCGGUGACUCUAUCUUCUGGCGCGGCGUGCGAAGAUUGCAGACACCACUGAAGAACUUCAAGUUGGCAUUGGAUUUGGCCAGUCCGCUCGCCAGUAUCCAACCCGCCGCAUCAACAGCUGUUGGGAUUGUCAGCUGUGUCACUGCAAUUGCUAUUGGCAUUUGCGGAGCUGAAGACUCGUUCAAGUCUGGUAUCAUUAGCGUUCUGGAGCGCAUCCCGAUCAUCGACGACUGUGAUACCUUGGGUCAGAAAGUAGACACGGAGAACGGAAUUCACAGGGCGCUUGUCCCAGUCUACAAGGAUCUCUUGAACUUUUACGUCGCGGCGCAUCAUAUCUUGACAAGCGAUGCGUUUAGGCUCGCUCUAAUUUGUGAGAAGCUCAGGGAUCGGCUACCGAAGAUUGUCGAGGACUUUGUAACGCAUGCCGGCCUCCUGCGCGACACCAUUCAAACGGCGACAUCGUUGCUGGUAGCAGAUAUCCAAAAAUUGCUCCAGGAUAAUAAGAGUAAGUUGUCUAUGGAUGGAAGAUCUCGCCUCGGGAAUCGAACUGACGUGCCUCGAGUCCAAAAAUUACUAGGUGUUGACAAAGACGAGCAACGCAGCAAAUUCCACGCCGACCUUCGUGAUCUUCGUGCCAGUGAUGCUUGCGAAUGGAUAAUCUCUGAUUUCAAGUUCCGCGAAUGGUACGAUAGCCCAUCCUCGAAGCAACUGAUCCUGUUUGGCUAUAUGGGUUGCGGCAAAACAGUCGUCACAGCACAUGUCAUUGAGGAACUGAUCCGUCAGAGCGAACACCAGUUCCCUCAUCCCUUCAUAUGCUACCAUUACUGCUUGAAGAAUGAAAGAGGAACAGCACUCUACGUCUUUUCAAGUCUCAUCUUGCAGCUGCUCGAUCAGCAAAGACGCCUCAAGGUUGAAUUCGAUAAGUGGUAUGAGAGAACGAGGGAAGCUGGGCGCUUAGAUCCCGCACAGUCUUCCGUAGAUCUCGGCAAGUUCAUAUCAGCCUGCGUGGAGUCUCUCGAUAGAGAACUGUUUAUCGUCAUUGACGCCCUUGACGAGUGUGACAGUGGGUCACAGAACGAGAUUCUCGCUCUGCUCGGCAGUCUAUCAAAGCAGACGCAGAGAUUCAAAGUCUUCAUCUCAUCUCGCCCUCAGAACGGGAUCGAAGAUCUUCUGCCCGAAGCGACCGCGAUCCGUUGGUCUCCGAGUCGGCAACGUGACGCGAAAAUCGUGAAACACAGAGUGCAGAAGAGUCUAAGCGGACUUUCUGCCAAUGUUCAGCUGCUUGUGACCGAGAGGCUUUCUGAGAUGGCACGAGGAAGCGCCAUUUGGGUCAAAUUGACAAUUGACCUUAUCUAUACGCGGAGGAUAAAAGCAAUGGGUCCAAUGAGGAAUUUCCUUGAACAUACUCCAUCUCCGGCUGAACUCUGGAAGCUUUAUGCCGAGUUGUUCAACAAGCAAACUGGGGGUGACCCUGACAACGAGGAGCUCGUCACCAACGCACUGGAGGUUCUAGCAGUCGCUCGGAGAGACCUCAGCAUGCUGGAGUUGGCGUGGGCUAUGGCGUUGCGCGAUUCGUCCACAACAGUCUCGACCGUGGAAGGGCUCAAGGACUAUGUGGAUUCCGAGAGAGUCUUGAGCCUGCUACAACCGUUUCUAUUCCAGCUCGACUUUGAGGAGGUCCAAAAGAGACAGGUAAGACUAGUGCAUGCGUCUUUGACGGAGCUAGUUCAGCUGGCUGCGCCAUCCGGUUGGAGUCAAUCUCAAAAUCCUGCCAAGGACUCGGACAUCAACAAGCGAAGCACUCAACAGCGAAUGCUUAGACUGGAAGCAGCUCUCUUAUGCACCUGCGUCAAAUACCUUCUUUUGGAUGAAAUUGAUCAGAUCGACCUACUGUCGGAAGAACAAGAAGGAAUUAUCACCUUCGAAGCGCUGCCCGGAUUCGGGGCGUAUGAUGAUUCAUUUGACGUUGCCCAGGACCCAGACUCUGCUUGGGUAGGUCAAGGCCUUGACAACGAACAAGACGCCAAAAACAACUACUACGAUCCCGCAGAACGUGGAUUUGGUGGAUUUUACGUGUAUGCAUCUUGCUUCUGGGUCGACCACUUCACGAUGAGCGAUCCGGAUCAUCUACCCGACAUGGUGGAUAUUGUCAAGCUCUGCAGCGCCAGCUCAGAACGGCGACUAAAGAAUUGGAUUAGACAGAAGUAUCGACCAGACUGCACCAUCACCCCGCAGUUUAUGGAUAACUACCUCCACGAUCCUCUCACCGUUGUGUCCUUGCACGGGCCCGAAACGACGCUGAAAAGACUCCUGCAAGACGAUGCGAUCAGUCUCCGUGGCAAGGAAUUCCUGAGUGGCACUGUUGAAGAAGCUACCCAGCGAAUUAUUUAUGAGGGUGACCUCUCUCGACUGAUAAUAUUCUUUCACGAUGCACGAGUCGGACCACAGAUUCGCCACAUCGGAACCUUUCAUCGAAUGAUGAUUCGCUGGGCGCAGCAGUCGGAGAAGCAAUUAAGGCCAUGGGCAAGCUGCUUCGACCUCGUAUUUAACAUUUGCGAUGAUGUGCUAGUGAACGAAAAACAGGGCAACGAACUCUUAUGUCUUGCCGCGAGGUGUGGCUGCCUUCCAGUCGUCGAGAGACUCUUCGAAGCAGCAGCUCGCAACCCGGCACUCAGGGACGAAAUCUUGCGAGAAGUACGAAGAGACGUUAGGCCACCGGACUAUCACCAGUCUGUUGGGGAAGCGGUCAGGUACGACAGUGUCGAUGUUCUUCGUUACCUGCUUGACCAAGAAGGCAUAGAGGGCCAUCUGCGGCAUCGCGACUCAAAAGGAUACAACGUCCUGCACUGGGCUGCGUUCUGCUGCAACCCAGAGGUGAUUUCUCUCUUGAUUUCAGUCUUCCCAGAGGGUGUGAACGAAAGCAAUGACGAUGGCACUCAACCGUUGCACCUAGUCGUCUUCAAUCGCCAUCCGCAACGGCUAGAGGCAGCAGUUAUCUUGUUGACGGAGGGGCAUGCGGACGUGGAGAAAGGCUCUAUGGAAGAGCCUAGUAGCUGGGACGAUCCGCUCCGGAUGGCAGCGAGGUACGGUGACUUGGAAAUGUGCCGCGUCUUGGUUGAAGUUGGUGGCGCUAACCCACGCCGCGUACUGAAAUUCGAAGACGGAAGCCCCCGAUUGAUGGACAGUACGGACUUCCCUGAGAUGGCUCCUCAGGUAUUGGAGACCUUGUGCUCGCUUGCCGGCAUAGCAUCUUAG